AUCUACCUUCGAAUUGCCCAGAUUCUGGUACACGGAUAUUUUGUCCCGCAGUGACUUAUUGAUUAAUUCCAGAAGACAGACAACGAGGAGCUUGCAAAGCAAAGACUUUCAGUCGACAAUUCUAAGAGAGACCAUCCUAGCGACAGUGUAAAAAUGGUGGAAUGGAGUCCAACUUCCUGGACCUCAAAACCAAUCAAACAAGAUGUCACAUACGACGAUCCUGAAGCUGUAAAAGCAGCAUUGACGAAACUUGAAAAGCUACCACCAUUGGUUACUCCGCACGAGAUUGUUAGUUUGAGGAACAGUUUGCGGAAUGUGGCUCUCGGGAAGGCUUUCGUGCUUCAGGGUGGUGACUGUGCAGAGCUUUUCGAUUAUUGUAAUCAAGCCACAAUCGAGGCAAAGGUUAAGCUACUUCUGCAGAUGAGUCUGGUUUUGGUUUGGGGAGCCAACAAACCCGUCGUUCGCAUUGCACGAAUUGCUGGUCAAUUCGCUAAACCACGCUCGAGUCCGAAUGAAACAAUCAACGGCAUCACAAUGCCCUCCUUUCGCGGCGACAACAUCAACGGCUUUGACGCAACACCCGAAUCACGAAAACCGGAUCCAUCACGCCUGGUAUCAGCAUACUUCCACUCCGCAGCAACGCUCAACUAUCUCCGUGCUGCAUUAGCAUCUGGCAUUGCAGACCUCCAUUCCCCUCUAGACUGGGGUUUGGGACAUGUCAUUACGCCAUCAAUCAAGCAAAAAUAUGAAAAGAUAACCAACGCUGUGACGGAUGCCCUACGGUUCAUGCACACAGUUGGCGUUGAUCAGGAUAGUCGUGUUGCGACAGCUGACAUAUAUACAAGUCACGAAGGAUUAUCCUUAGAAUACGAGCAAAGCUUCACUCGUCUCCUGCGUCAUCCACCCGAGGCAUAUCCCUCACCCACAGAAUAUAAAGAAAAACAACUCCGUCGAGGCUCUUCCGCAGCCAUAUCAAAGGGCUACUACGAUACAUCCGCCCAUUUCCUCUGGAUAGGAGACCGCACACGACAAGUCAAAGGCGCCCAUGUCGAAUUUUUCCGCGGUCUCAGUAAUCCCAUCGGCAUCAAAAUCGGUCCUAGCAUGACAACCGACGAACUUGUGGAAUUACUCAACACGGUAAACCCGCAGAAGGAAAUCGGUAAAGUCACGCUCAUAUCUCGCUAUGGAGCGGAUAAGGUUUCUCAAUAUUUACCGGCGCAUAUUGCCGCUGUGCAGGGCUCGGGCCAUUUACCGGUUUGGCAAUGUGACCCCAUGCAUGGGAAUACGCAGUCUACGCCGUCGGGGGUGAAGACGAGGCAUUUUACUAAUAUCUUGUCUGAGCUUAAGCAGGCGUUGGAGAUUCAUAGAGCGGCGGGUAGCUUUCUAGGUGGUAUGCAUCUCGAGUUGACUGGGGAAGCAGUGACAGAAUGCGUGGGAGGAGCCGGUGGUUUGACGGAAGAAGGUCUUUCGGAACGUUAUGAGACGUUCUGUGAUCCGAGGCUUAAUGAGAAGCAGGCUCUCGAAUUGGCUUUUUUGGUUGCUGGGUUUUAUAGGGAGGAUCUGGAGCGAGGAGAACAGAUUCUCUGAUCGAUGCUGGGUAUGUCAUUGGGAUGCAAAGGAAGAGUUUACUCCGGUUUUUGGUUUUAUAUUGACAUAUAACCAUGAGAUAUGUCAUGGUUGAUUCUGUCACCUAGGUAUAUUGGAGGGAUAUCUAAAGGAGCUGCACAGGAUACAAUUACAACACUUUUCUUCUUAAUUUUUGUUGUUUAAGAAGUUCAAAAGAUCACAACACCAGCUAACAGAUAGGAUAGUCACACAAACAUUGAAUCACCAUGGAAAA